CAGCUUCACAUGAUCUCUCUGUGGCUCUGUGACUGGAUCACACCGGAGACAUGAGCUUCUAUAGCGAUGCUUCCUCAGAGGACAUCAGCGACGAGUUGGAGACUUUGGGGUGGUACCACUUUGACCUGUCCCGCCAUGCUGCAGAGGCCCUUCUCUUGUCCAAUGGGACUGAUGGAAGUUAUCUCCUCAGAAACAGCAAUGAGGGACCAGGCUGUUUUGCCCUGUCUGUCAGGGCGAAGGAUUCUGUCAAGCAUUUUCACGUGACACGCAGAAACAACUCCUAUGUGUUUGGGUUUAACGAGUUUGCAACCCUUCAAGACUUCGUCAACCACUUUGCUAACCAGCCUCUGCUGGGCAGUGACGCAGGAACCCUCAUCGUACUGAAGUGUCCGUACCCAUGGCGUGUAGAGGAGCCAUCCAUCUACGAGUCAGUGCGAGUUCACACUGCCAUACAGACGGGCCGCACAGAAAACGAUCUGGUGCCGAAUGCACCAUCGCUGGGCACAAAGGAAGGCUAUCUCGUGAAACAAGGAGCAUUUGUGAAGAGCUGGAAACAGAGGUGGUUCACACUCAACAGAUAUGAACUCAAAUACUUCAAAGACAACAUGUGUGAGGAGCCCAUCCGGACCCUGGAUCUGAGAGGCUGCUCUGCAGUCCAGUUUGACUAUUCUCAGGAAAGAGUCAACUGCUUCUGUCUGGUGUUUCCUGAGAGGACGUUUUAUCUGUGUGCAAAGACGGGUGUGGAGGCAGACGAGUGGAUCAAGAUUCUGAGGUGGAAACUGUCACAGAUAAGUAAAGGUCGAUGACCGCUGUGGGAGGAGACGCUGGAGAUGGAAAGAAGCCAAAUGUUCACAGAAGUCGUCACAGCAGCUGGAUGAACGAUGAAGAACAGCACCAUUUAAAAGUGAAUAGUAAACCCGAGCAUGAAUAACACUGGGACACAUUUCCCUCAGUGUUCUGACUAAAGACUAAAUACUUGGAUGUGACUCCACGUUGUUUCAAGAUCAUCUAAAGAUGCUUCACUUCUCAUGAGUGACCUCUUAGCAGUCACUGCUUUUCUUACCCAGAGGAUGCUUGUUCAUACUAACAUCCUUUGUUUUAAUAGCUACAAGCUUCAAGGAUAUUUCCAGCAUUAUUCUGUUACACCAAAACCGACAAGUCUGCCUCUCAAUAUUUUGCGAGUUUGCUCCCGUCUUCAGCUCUCAGCUCCAAGCUCACUGUUUCUUACUGGGGAAGCAACUGAAAUAGGAGGACAUAAUGCAUUUGUCUUAUUUAUACGCCAAACUUUAUUCAUAGUUUCUCCCCAAAAAAUAUAUACGCAACUAUUUUGUUUUUACUACUAUUUUUCACAAGUUGAAAUAAAAGAUCGUAGGCUUUUCUUUGUACACUGAGGACAACCUUCUUAUUUUAUAAUGUUAUUUUUUUUAAUUGCACAGAUUUGUAAAAAUGUGCAAAAAUUUAAAAAAUUGUAUUAGUGAGCACAACAGUCCUAGCUGACUGGUGUGACAUAACAAGAUGCUGUAAAAACAUCAUUACUACACAGGUGUGCGUUGGGAUGGGCACAAUAAAAAUUAUCGAAAUUUUGAAAAUAUCAUUUAAGUUUUGUGCAAAUCUGUAAUGGAAACCUGCCUUGUGUGACUCAUUUAUGUGUGUAGAAAAUGACUUGAAUAAUAAAAACAACCAACUAA